AUGGCAGCCAAUAGAGGAGCGACCCUCUUUGUCCUGCUACUGUGCUGCUGGCAAGAAGCUGAGGUCCAUCGGAUUAACAUAUCUUCAGAUCCAGUUUCUGAAAAGUCAUGGAAAUCAAAACCUCAGGAUGAUAUACUUGGAGUAUUUGAUGAAAUUGUAGUCCAAGAGUUUCUGGAUCCAGAUAAAUCAUUGUUUGAAACACAAAGACCACAAAGAAAACAAAAGACCACAAUGAAGACCCAUAUUAAAACCAAUGAUCAGACUGAUACUGAUAAGCACCAUGACAAGACAUUAUCUUCCGGGAAUGCAGACAGACUUUUCCUUAAUGAAGAGGAGAAGGAACUAUUUUAUCAAAUUAAAAGCCUAAGAAGCCUGGGAAAUAUUAUUGACAGUCUUCAAAAAGCUUUAG